UCCGCCCCGCCGCUGGCCCGCUGCGGUGCCGGCCCCAGCGACCCUCCGCGGUCCUCAGGUCCUCCGCCGCCUGCCUCCAUGGACCCGUUCGCCCCCCAGCAGCCGGGGCUGUCCCGCGCGCGCCUCGCUGGUACCUUUGGCCGUGGGGCGGCCUCCGUCAGCUGCAGCCGGCUCCGCAAGGUUCAAAGUGUCCUGACCCAGAGCAGCAAGUCUCAACCUGAUGGGAUUCUCUGCAUCCUAGGAAUUGACAGCAGGUACAACGAAGGCUGUAGAGAGCUGGCAAAUUACCUUCUGUUUGGUUUAUACAGUCAGAAUACCACUGAUUUUGAGAAAACAGGAUUUUCUGAAGAAAUUCUAGAUGAUGUGAUUUUAUUGAUUAAAUCAGAUAGCGUCCAUCUGUACUGUAAUCCCAUCAACUACCGCUAUCUUUUGCCUUACGUGGCACAUUGGAGAAACCUUCAUUUCCAUUGCAUGACAGAAAAUGAGUAUGAAGAUGAGGAAGCAGCAGAAGAAUUUAAGAUUUCCAGCUUUGUGGACAUGGUUCGAGACUGUAGUAGAAUUGGUAUUCCUUAUAGCUCCCAGGGACACUUACAGAUAUUUGAUAUGUUUGUGGUGGAGAAGUGGCCAAUUGUACAGGCCUUUGCACUUGAAGGCAUUGGAGGAGAUGGAUUUUUUACCAUGAAAUAUGAGUUGCAGGACGUGAGUCUGCGUCUGUGGGAUGUCUACAGCAGGAUGGACCCUGUGUCUCUGGAGAACGUGCUUUCAGAAGACCUGGCGGUGUUUGCGCGGCAGUGGACCAGCUUCUUUGCUAAUUUUGACACAGAAAUCCCUUUCCUGCUGGAACUUUCAGAAUCUCAGGCGGGUGAGCCAUUCAGAAGCUACUUCAGUCAUGGAAUGAUCUCCAGCCACAUUACUGAGAACAGCCCUCAUCGGCAGCCUUUUGUUCUCUUUGGUAACCACUCCACGCGAGACAACCUGAGUGCUGGCAGCUUUAACUUCCCUUCUGAGGGGCACCUGGUGCGCAACACUGGGCCUGCCGGGAGCUUUGCCAAACACAUGGUCGCUCAGUGUGUCUCACCAAAGGGGCCUCUGGCAUGUUCAAGAACAUACUUUUUCGGAGCUACUCAUGUUCCUUAUUUGGGUGACGAUGAGAAGCUGCCCAGGACCACUGAGCAAAUUAGGCUCUUAUCCCAGAUAUAUGCUGCUGUUAUUGAGGCUGUUUUGGCUGGCAUUGCAUGUUAUGCUAAAACUUGCAGUCUGGCAAAGGCCAAAGAGGUAGCAGAGCAUACUCUGGAGUCUGGGUUAGUGUUCACUGAGCUGCUUCCAUUCAAAGCAGAUCUACGCUCCAAGGUGGCUUUUCAUAUACAUGCUGUGAAUAACCAGGGAAGAAUUGUGCCUCUGAAUAAUGAAGAUAGCUUAUCCUUUGUGAAAACGGCUCGGAUGACUGUCUAUGACAUUCCUGACGUGCUAGGAGGAGGAGGUUGCUUAGGAUCCGUGGUCUUCUCAGAGUCCUUUUUGACAUCUCGGAUCUUGGUUAAAGAAAAGGAUGGCACUAUUACUCCAGACACCAGCUACAUCAUCCUGACAGCUGCCAUCCCCAGAUUCUGUUCCUGGCUGGUAGAAGAUAAUGAAAUAAAAUUAUCUGAGAAAACCCUGCAAGCAACAAAGGGGGACGACUGUUUCUUGGGCACUUUGCUAACAGGAGGAAAGGGAGCGUAUCUUUAUUCCAACAGUCCCCAGUCUGGACCUGAAGAAGGGAAUGUGUAUUUCUUCUCUGGUGGCCUUCUAUUUUCUCACCGUCAUCACGGAAGUAUCGUCAUUUCCAAGGACCACAUGAAUUCUGUCUCCUUCUAUGAUGGGGACUCCACCAGCAUAGUGGCGGCCCUUCUCAUAGACUUCCGAAGCUCCAUACUGCCUCAUCUCCCAGUUCAUUUCCACGGAUCAAGCAAUUUCCUGAUGAUCGCCCUUUUCCCCAAAUCAAAGAUAUAUCAAGCAUUUUACUCAGAGGUCUUCACCCCCUGGCAGCAGCAGGAUAACUCAGGGCUUUCCUUAAGAGUGAUCCAGGAGGAUGGAUUAUCUGUGGAACAAAAGAGACUGCACUCUAAUGCACAGAAGCUCUUCAAUGCCCUGAGCCAUCCUGCACAGGACUGGAGCUCCCCGAAACUGCUCUCAGCUAAACUCCCUGAGUUGGACCGGUUUCUCCAGCAUUUUGCCAUUGGCAGCAUUGGUCAGGAGCCUGUGAUGCGAGCCCAUCUUCUAGGCCUGCUGCAGCAAGCUGAGAUCAGCCCCACUCACGGAUCAGAAAGUGACAAGGUCGUCAUCAGCAUUGUAACUGGUCUCCCAGGCUGUCAUGCCAGCAAGCUCUGUGCGUUCCUGGUCACUCUGCAUAAGGAGUAUGGCAGGUGGAUGGUGUACCGCCAGGUCAUGGACAGCUCUGAGUGUUUCCAUGCUGCCCACUUCCAAAAAUACCUUUCCAGUGCCCUGGAGGCCCAACAGAACCGCUCUGCCCGCCAAUCAGCUUACAUCCGUAAGAAGACCAGGCUGCUGGUGGUGCUACAAGGCUACACAGAUGUCAUUGAUGUUGUGCAAGCCCUGCAGACUCACCCAGACCCAAACGUCAAGUCCUACUUCACCAUUGGUGCUGUCACGGUGUGUGUGGAGCCCCUGAGCUGCUACAUGGAGCACAGAUUUCUCUUUCCUAAGUGUCUUGACCAGUGUUCACAAGGCGUGGUGAGUAACGUGGUGUUUACCAGUCACACGACGGAGCAGAGGCACCCUCUCCUUGUUCAGCUGCAGACCCUCAUCAGGGCUUCCAACCCUACUGCAGCCUUUAUUCUUGCAGAAAAUGGGAUUGUUACAAGGAAUGAAGACAUUGAGCUGAUUCUCUCAGAAAAUAGUUUUUCAAGUCCCCAGAUGCUGCGUUCCCGAUACUUACUGUUUCCCGGCUGGUAUGAAGGUAAAUUUGAUGCUGGAUCCGUCUUUCCACUAAUGGUUCAGAUCUGUGUGUGGUUUGACCGUCCCCUGGAGAAAACCCGCUUUGUGUCCAAGUGUAAAGCAAUUCAGUCUUCCAUCAAACCCAGUCCCUUCUCUGGAAACAUCUACCACAUCCUUGGCAAAGUGAAGUUUUCAGAUUCUGAAAAGACCAUGGAGGUCUGCCACAACACUUUAACCAACUCCCUGACCAUUGUGCCAGUCUUGGAGGGACCCACGCCACCCCCCAACUCAAGAAGCACCCCUCAAGACAGUGGGCAGCCAGAAUGCUACCUUGUGUUCAUUGGCUGCUCCCUGAAGGAGGACAGCCUCAAAGACUGGCUUCGACAGUCAGCUAAGCAGAGGCCUCAGAGGAAAGCUCUGAAAACUAGGGGCAUGCUGACCCAGCAGGAGAUCAAGAGCAUCCAUGUGAAACGCCACUUGGACCCCCUACCUGCAGGCUACUUUUACAAUGGCACCCAGUUUGUUAACUUCUUUGGGGACAAGACCGAUUUUCACCCACUCAUGGACCAGUUCAUGAAUGACUAUGUGGAAGAGGCCAAUCGGGAGAUCGAGAGGUACAACCGUGAGCUGGAGCAGCAGGAAUACCGGGACCUCUUUGAGCAGAAACCCUAGAGAAAGCUGGGCCCGUGCCCACCAGGGAUGAAUGAAUGAAUGGGUGUCCAGCUUUCCUGGAGGCCCCUCCUGAAGGGGUUGUGUCUGUCCUCCCUGGCCUGUGCCUGCCAGUGUAGUACAUGUUGUCUUUAUUCUCUCUUCUCUCUGCACCCUGAAGGGCAUCGUGUGGACCACUGAGUAAGGGCAGGGCACAGGAUGAGCAGCUAGCGCUGCCCUGUGUGCCAGCGGCUCUGGGUGUCUGGUAGACGCCAUUGGACUGAUGGGCACCGUGUAAGACAGAGGAAAGGCCUUUGGCUUGCACAGUGUAGCUGCUGGUCUUUAGAAGGACCCUGGUUGCUGAAGCAGUGGCCAGGCGGAGAUCCACAAUGCCUUCUAGAUGAGAACUCUUCUGUGGGAUGAAUGGAAGUAAGAUAUGGUGCUUUCUAGAAAUUCAAGGCUCCUUCACUAAUAGCAGCACCUCAUGAGGUUGGUCCUUGAGAUCCUCUGUGGCAUCACUUAGUUCUCUAAUUCAGGGAGAAGAGCAGGCCUGCUGUCUGCGCCCUGGUGUGCCUCACCUCCCGGUUAAGGUGGAUAGCCUGUAACUAGCCUGUCUUGGGCCCAGGGUCUAACCAUUUAGGGGCUGUUGGUCUCUAGCACCUGGCCUCCCCACCUCCUGCCCUGGAGGCCAAUACAUUUCAGAAAACCUCCCAAAAUUGCCCCUGGCCCUGGAUUUGUUUACUUGGUUCCCAAGGACCAGGAAUUUGAAAAAUUCUGAUAUCCAAAUUAGAAUUCCCUCCAGUGGUUUUGAUUUAGGUUGGAUCAUACUGCAAAGGUAAACUAAUUUGCAUUCCCAAGACUGAGGAAUAAGGUCACUAAAGGUGAUGUCUGCUAGGACUUGAGUGCCUCUGCUGCUGGGCUAUAACUGUUUUCUGAGUUUCGUGGACUUUUUGCAUGCCUUAGGAAGAAGCACAUAGUAAAUCCAGCAUAGUGUUGUGUAAUGUAGAGGGUUUGGGAAAGGGCCCUGGCGCAGCGGAGAGAGAAAAGAUGGAGCAUAUGGGUUCAUGGGCCUGGUAACUCAGUGCUCGCUCUUUGGGCAGAUAGCAAAGUAGUAAUCAAGGACUUGUCAAUAAAAUAUACUUGUGUUAGGGAAAAAAAUUGGAAGCCGAACAAACCAAAUUACAAGUCAAGUCCCAUUGGGUAAGAAAUCUUGCAUUCAGAAAAGCUUGUGAAACUCAGGCCCAUAUGCUUCAAUCUCAACUCCAAAGCACAGUGGUGACAAGACCCUCCUGUUGAGCCCUUGUCUGGGAGUCCCUGACUUCUGGCUGGGGAUCAAUAACAUAGAUCUUAAGUGCAAUUGAUUAAUAAGCAAUGAGUUAUUAUAGCUCCCUUUAUCUUUACCAAGCUCUUUUUAAAAACUAAACUUUGAGCUAGCAGCCUUAGAAAAGGGAAGGGGGACCACAAGCUAUCUUACUUCCUUUGGGGGGGAGGGGGGGAAGAACCACAGGCCAGUUCAUUUCCUGCAGAGUUACUGUGAAGUUUUCGGUGGAAGCUCUAGAUUACGAGCUCUGGCUGCUUUGGCCUGGCAGUCUGGCUGCUGCACAAAAAAAAGUUUUUAAAGAGGGGUUGGGGCUGUGCUACGUGGUGAGCUUGGUUUCUGACCCUUGUCCAUAGUCAUGCGCUGCCCCCACCGCCCCCACUGCCCCCAUUCCUCUGGAUCGUUAGAGGGAAAACUGAUUACCUCAACUUGAAUAUGAAACCGUGGUUGAAGAAAAGGCAGACCGAACGUUCAGUUUCUAAGCCAAGAGGGCAAGCUAGCUGAAGCCUCCUGAGAUGCUCCCUAGCCUGCUGAGACGCCUGGGUGGCAGCAACCACACUGUGUUCUGAGGACCAGGAGAGGGACCUGCUGGCUCCUGUGCCCAUCCCUGCGGCCUGCAGGUCCCUUGACUUCCAUGUGGGGUUUCACAUCCCUCCUCUUGGUAAAAGAGUGUGGUCUGAGGCUCUCUCCAGAGGGAAAGUCAUGACAGUCUUAGCCUCUAACCUUAGAAGUGGGGACCAGGGACCCAGCAAGGAUAUAGGGAUAGGCUCCCAGAAGGCAGAAGCCCUUCCGGGGUUUUCUCCCGGCUUUCCUGUUAGCGGCUUCAGUUCUGAUCACAGAAUGAGUGUGCAAUGGUGCAGUCACUGAAGUUAUGGCUGUUUGGUUUUCCUGCAGGAUUUUCUGUUGUUGAUUGGAGGGAGAAAAGAAAGCAAAUGUCAGGGGCAGUCAGCCCCACCAAGCCUCGGGCUCUCCGACCUGAGGCCUGGCACCAGCCCUUACGCUGUCACCAGUAAAAAUGUCCCUCCUAAAUCCUGUUAGGAUUUUGGAGAAUUUUUGCACAGUAAUAAGCUCUGGCUUCUCAAAAGGGAAAAGUUCAAUUCAAAGACUGUAAACUGUUAAGUAUUCCAGCCGUGCUGCUGACUAGUUGGGUAGGUGUAGCUCAGAACACAGGUGGGAGUGGCUUUCUCAUUGCCCCACGCGUCAGAUACUAAUGAAGAGCUCACUUACGUGCCAAAAUUCACUUUUAUACUAGUUUUUCAAUGCUUUAAUAUUUGUAACUUAAAUUUUAAAAUUCAUAUUUACAAACACUACUAUAACUUCAGUGAAACUGAAUUGUGUGAUUGCAACUUUUUGCUUAUAGUAUUUAUUACACUACUUAAUUCAGUAAAUAUAAAAAAAGUAGCCUUCAAUUUAUUUUUAUAUUAUUUUACAUGUUUUUAUCCACAGUUGUGUCUGUGAAUUUCACUUGGAGAUUAAGGACCAAUAAACUGUCACUCAACAAGC